AACAUCUUUAAGAAAAGGUUACCACACGGGAAAACGUCAGGCUAUUUCUCGGUAUGUUACAAAAAUGUUCAAAAUGGCUGUCUAUCAAAAUAGACGAUAUCAUUGGAUAAAGGAGUGAUAAACAAAUAAAAUGAGCCCUAUUUUGUAAAACUUGGGUAAGCAUUUUAUUGUGUCGCAAACCGGCCUAAAUGUUCUUACCCAGAAAUCAAUGUAAAUAAUUCGUGGGCAAAACCUUUAUUGUUUGGUAGAUAAAUGCCUGUAUGUUAGUCUUGAUAGUUGAAAUGGAGGUGUUUUCAGAUUUUUCGAUGGUGUCUGCUCGAGCUAUCUCAUUUUCCGGGUCAAACUGUCAGAAUUUAACAGCGAACAAGAAUAAUAGUAGUGAAUCACGUGACCUCCAUAUAGUUUUCCAUCAUGUCCGAAUCCUAUGAAGUAGUCUUCUUUUCCUUUCGGCUUGUCCCGUUAGGGGUCGCCACAGCGCGUCAUCCUUUUCCAUGUAAGCCUAUCUCCUGCAUCCUCCUCUCGAACACCAAUUGCCCUCAUGUCUUCCCUCACGACAUCCAUCAACCUUCUCUUUGGUCUUCCUCUAGCUCUCUUGCCUGGCAGCUCCAUCCUCAACAUCUUUCUACCAAUAUACUCAUUAUUUCUCCUGUGGACGUGUCCAAAGCAUCGAAGUCUGCUCUCUCUAACUUUGUCUCCAAAACAUCGAACCUUGGCUGUCCCUCUGAUGAGCUCAUUUCUAAUUUUAUCCAACCUGGUCACUCCGAGAGCGAACCUCAACAUCUUCAUUUCUGCCACCUCCAGCUCUGCUUCAGGUGGUUUCUUGAGUGCCACUGUCUCUAAUCUGUACAUCAUGGCUGGCCUCACCACUGUUUUAUAAACUUUGCCCUUCAUCCUAGCAGAGACUCUUCUGUCACAUAACACACCUGACACCUUCCUCCACCCGUUCCAACCUGCUUGGACCCAUUUCUUCACUUCACUUCACUUCCACAUUGCUCUGGACGGUUGACUAGUUUAUUUGUAGCCUUAUCGUGUGUCUUUUGACGUCGUACUGUAAAUAUCUGACCGCCAAUAAAGUUAUUAAAAAAAAAACAUGUCGGUGGUGUGGGACAAACAACACGUAAUACCUGCAUCAGACGACAAGACUAAUUUGGUCUUUCACGAUUGCAAAUAUGCCAAAUGGCACAGAGACAAGCCUCAAAACGUAUAGAACAAAAUCAUUUGGAGUGAUGAGACCAAAAUUUAACUUUUUGGCCACAUUUGGAGAGGAGUCAACAAGGCCUAUGAUGAAAGGUACACCAUUCCUACUGUGAAACAUGGAGGUGGAUCGCUGAUGUUUUGGGGAUGCGUGAGCGACAAAGGCACGGGAAAAGGCACGGGAAACUCUGUCAAAAUUGAUGGCAAAAUGUAUAGAGCAUGUUAUGAAAAAAAAUACGAGAGGAAAAUUUGCACUCAUCAGCCCGGAAGGUGCGCAUGGGACAUACUUGGAUAUUCCAACAUGAUAGUGAUCCAAAACACAAACCCAAGUCGACCUGUCAUUGGCUACAGCAGAAUAAAGUGAAGGUUCUGGAGUGGUCAUCUCAGUCUCCUGACCUCAAUAUCAUUGAGCCACUCUGGGAAGAUCUCAAGUGUGCAAUUCAUACAAGACAGCCCAAGAAUUUACAGGAACUGGAGGCCUUUUGCCAAGGAGAAUGGGUAGCUUUACCAUCAGAGAAAAUAAAGAGCUUCAUCCACAACUACCACAAAAGACUCCAAGCUGUCAUUGAUGUUAAAGGAGCAAGACACGGUAUUAAAAGCUGGGGUGUUCGUCAGGCUCUUUGGUUAACCAAGAGCAAGGCAGUCUCUGGUUUGCCACCUCAGCUUCUAUCAUUGGCGGAGAGUCCUGCCAAUAAAAUACCAAAUCAGGAAAUCCGUGUUCAGAAUGCCAUCAAACAUGCCUGCUUCUGGGACACAACUGAAGAGCAACCAGUAAAAUACAGCAACACACUCCUCUUCAACCUGCUUCAUCUUUGUGCCACUCUACAGUCCAGCCAUCCAUUGAUUGGAAGGAGAAUGUUAACUGAGAAAUACAUAUUGGCAGCUUCAUGGAAAAGAGGCAAAAACUUGUUUCAGGUUCGGGGUCAAAAUGGCUUAAAGUAUAACAGCAUGGAUCCACUACCAAGGAUUUCUGGGAAACAGCAGGUUUCAGAAACAGCCCAUAAUCCUCUUGAAACCUUUUAUCCUGUGUCUCCUACGGUGGACCUGCAAAAAGUACAUGUGUAUAAGGAGCAGGUGAACUGCACAGGUUUCAGAGGACAGCAUUUUUACCCACAUGCCCACACACUUUACUUCCUGGAGGGAGAAGAUGCUCGCUGCAAGCUUCGCCCAGAGCAGUUCAGAGCCAAGAUGAUCAUGUUUCUUUUUGGAAAUGCUCUGGCACAAGCACAUACAUUAUUUGGGGCCAAGACCUAUCAAGUCUUGGAUCAUCCUAUCACAAUACAGGCUGUCGGGACCAAUGGCAGACUUUUCCAGUUCAUUGUUUUUCAACUCAACACCACAGAUCUGAGCGGUGAUGAUGGCAUCAAAAACCAGAGCGUCACAAGACCCCUGGUGGACCCCCUGCAAUUUGCCUACCGAGCAAACAGGUCUGUGGAUGACUCAGUCAACAUGGGACUCCACUUCAUCCUGGAACACCUUGACGGCGCGGGGACCUACGCAAGGAUCCUGUUCGUAGACGACUGCACCUCAACGCACCCGGCUGUCAAACUCCUGAAGACAGCAACCUGGAGCUGAAGACGCUCAAGACUGUAGAGAUGAUCGUGGACUUCAGGAGGUAUCCUUCGCCACAGCUGCCCCUCACACGCUGUCCAACUACCCUGUGAGACCUUCAUGUUCCAGAGAAUUACAGUCUCUCAGGACCUGAAUUGGGAGACCAACAUCAACUCCAUCCUCAAAAAGGCCCAGCAGAGGAUGUACUUCCUGCAGCUUCUGAAGAAGCAUGGCCUGCCACAGGAGCUGUUGACGCAGUUCUACACAGCAGUCAUCGAAUCACUCCUGUGUUCAUCCAUCACAGUCUGGUUUGGUGCUGCCACAAAAAAGGACAAACUCCGCUUGCAACGGACAAUCAAAACUGCUGAAAAAUUUGUCAGUACCCUCCUAUCCAGGGUAGAUAGGAGGGUACCGACAAAUUUUUGCUGCUAGAACUAAACAGGGUCACCACCUCUUCCAGCGCAUUCCCUCAGGCAGGCGCUAUCGAACAAUGCAAAAUAGAACGAGCAGACAUUCCAACAGCUUCUUCCCUCUUGCCAUUAUCUUCUUAAACAGUUAACUUACAAUUCUAUUGAAACAUGGUGCCAAUUUUGUCUUGAGAUUAUAGUCACAUCUCUGUUUGGCCAUUAUUCAUGCACUCACUGCCGUAGUCUCGCUACUCAGCACUACUGGCAUAUCUGUUGUUGACAAUAUUGGCCACUCGUGCUUGAGAAGUAUCUGCACAAUUGACAUUGUUCCAGAGGAUCGCACUACUCAUCACUUCAAACUGCAUAGUUUCUUGAAGCCUCUGCGCCAUUUGCACAAUGGUCACUGCACCAGACUAUUGUUCUAUUAGUAAUUUCAAACUGCUCUAAAUUGCUAGAGAACUCUGCAUCAUUUGCACAAUUGUCAAUUUUUUUUUAUUGGCGUUACCACAUUACUUGUAACCUCAUUGCUCAGCGACUGUGUUUUUAUGUCUCAAAAGUAUUCACUGUCAAUUGACGGUCUGUUGUCAUACUAGAAUGGCUCCAACUACCAGAGAAAAAUUCCUUGUGUUUUUGACAUACUUGGCAAAUAAAGAUUAUGAUAUUACUAUACAGUACAAAAUUGUUUUGUACUUUUUUUCAUGGCCUAAAACAGUACUAAGUUUUUGUAAAAAAAAAUUUUAAUCGAAACUUUGCACGCUGGUGUGCUUGAUGGUGACAUUGACGUACUCACAGGCGGGCCAAGGCGGGUCGCUUUCAUGAGCCAUUACGAAUUGGUGUGCUUCCUAGUUCCAAAUCUGUUGCCAUAGAUGGACGGCUUCACCCAUAAAACUGUUAUUGUACCAAAAAUAGCAUGUUCCAGACUCUAUAGCAAUGAUUAGAAAGACUCUAAUUAAUUUAUGCACUGUGUUUACUUUUUGUAAGUUAGUAUUAUUUAAUUCCCCUG